AAAAUUGCAAUGGGUACAUAACCCGUGGCUGACGUUUAAUUUUAUUUAUUUAUAUGAAAUAAUUUGUAUAGUGUUAAGAAUAAUUGCAGUGUUUAUUUUUAUCGAUUUUUAUUAAAAAUAGUUCAUGAUUAAGAAAUAAUGUCCUUCGAGUACUUGCCCGUGGCUGAAGACGAAAAUGAAGAACCCAUAGAACUCCCUAUUGAGGAAGAUGGGACUUUGAUGUUAACAACAGUUUCAGCACAAUUUCCUGGCUGUUGUGGAUUGAAGUAUCGACAUCCAGAAACGAAAAAUAUAAGAGGAAUAAGAUUAAGAGAUGGCAGGUUGUAUCCUCCCCCAGAAGGAUGGGGUACUCAUUUGUAUAUGUGCAGUUUUCCUAAAGAAAAUAAACGUAAAUCUGGUGAAAAUGCUGAAACAUCUUUGAUAAAAAACAAGAGGAAUGACAACUUGUGCUCUGAUUUGAUUGUACUAGGAUUACCAUGGAAAGCAACUGAACAAACCGUUCGUGAGUAUUUUGAAAAAUUUGGAGAAGUUUUGAUGGCGCAACUCAAAAGAGACCCAAAAACUGGAAUGUCGAAAGGUUUUGCUUUCAUUCGCUUUGCGUCAUAUUCAUCACAAAUGAGAGUGUUAGCUCAGAGGCACAUGAUUGAUGGAAGAUGGUGUGAUGUUCGAAUACCAAAUUCUAAGGAAGGUUCUGUUACAUCUAUGCCAUGUAAAGUGUUUGUUGGUCGCUGUACAGAAGAUCUAACAGCAAAUGAUUUGAGAGAAUAUUUUUCCCAGUUUGGUGAAGUGACAGAUGUUUUUAUUCCAAAACCAUUUAGAGCUUUUAGUUUUAUAACAUUUUUGGAUCCAGAAGUAGCACAAAGUCUCUGUGGGCAAGAUCAUAUUAUAAAAGGUGUUUCUGUCAAUGUAUCAAAUGCAUCUCCUAAGCAAAACAAGGGUGGAGCAAACCAAAGGAAUUUACCAAGUAGAAACUAUGAAGAAGGACACCCACACAAUGUAUCUAACAACAAUUCCUGGAGUAGCCGUAACAUGGAUAUGGUAAAUAUGCAAGCUCUUGGUAUAUCAGGUCAACACGGCCAAACUGCUGUGGCUGGUGGAGGUGGGCAAGCUCAAGGUGGGAGUAUGCCUUUAGGUAUGGGUGGUCUGCCUGUGAACCAAGCAUUGGUUGCAGCUGCUCUAAACCAAGCAGGCUGGGGUUUAAUAAACAACAUCCCAUCAGGAGGUUCUGAACAAGGUGCAUUUGCAGGCCCUGCAUCAUCUGCCCCGCCUGGUCCACCUAACUUCCUUUCAUGGAUGCAACAAGGUACUUCAGCUCAGGGUCCUUCUAGUCAAUGGGGACAGAGACAUCAAUCCCAAGGCCACUCUGUUUGAUCCAAUAUCUGAUUUGACAAGCUCAUGAUAAUCACUGUGAUUGUAGCAACAAUUAGAUAAAAUUAUCAUUUUGUUCUUUAACUAUAAUACAAAUGGGUUGUUCUGUGGGUGAAGAGUGGUUAACCUACUUAGUUUGCUACAGAUGUUAUUUAUUUAUUGGAUUUUAGGAAUUGCUUGUGUUUUGUUGAUUUUUUCUUUAUAAAUACUUAUAUGUAAUUACAUGAUAGAAGAAAGGUGUAGUAAUAAUGAAUCAGACAUAUAUACCUGGAGUGGUAGAUAAUUGUGUAUGUUUAUGAUUAAUAUAAAUGUUGUUGUGCUUUUAUUUGUCAAUUCACAGUUUUUAAAAUGGCCUUAAACCUACUAAUUAGUCACAAUAUAUAAAAUUAUGCAUUCAAAUUGUGCUUUCCUCAACCACUCAAAUAUGUUAUAAAAUUGAUUAUGUUAAAUUAGAAUUAAAAGAGAAUUUAUAUAAAAAAUCCACAUUUAAAUUGUGAAACAGUUACAUUUAAAUGGAAUCCAUACACAAUAGCAUAGAAUGUCUGAAAGGGUUGAUGCACUUUAUUUUGUUAACAAAUAGGUCUAAUGCUUCAGUUGGGUUCAUUCCACUAUGAUCAUUUGCACAUGUAGCAUGAUGAACUCGGGAAGUGCUUUGCCUGUACCAAAUGUCACUUUUCUCCAGUUAAGAAUUGUUGUUGUAUGAACGCUCGAGAAAAAAAUUUCAGUGAAGAUUAACUUCCCAUAGUUUAUCAUGCUGUGCAUGCUGGUACAAACUAGAAUUUUUAACGUCACUUCAACUUUAAAUCAAAUAUUACACUAUUAAAAGAAAGUUAUGUUUUUCUCAUUUUAAUGACACUGUAAUAAAAAAAAUGUGUCAAUUAAUUACAUUUAGCUUCUAAUCAUGUUUUUUUUUCAUUGAAGACUUAUUAAACAUAAAUCUGCGUCUUCAGAAAUCAUACAAUACUUAUAUGUCAAGGUGAUUUAAUGCCAUGGUGGAAAAUGGAUAUUUAUUGCUUCUCUUUGUUGACCUGGCUUGACCUGAUUAUAUUCUGAGAAUAAGGGAUACCUUAAAUUCUAUGCACCCAUGUCAUACCACCAAGUGGUCAUAGUGUAAUAAGUCAUUUGAUUGCACAGAUUUUAUUUUUUAUAUGGAUUAUGAAUGUGAAAUAAUUGCUAUUAUUUCUAUUUCUAUGUGUUGAUGCACAUAACAGAAUCAUUUUAUGCCAAUUUGCUCUAAAUUAUGGUGCCAAUUCUGUUGUACAACUCUCUAAACUAUACAAUAUCUGUCUGUCUAGCAGCACUACUUUUUUGGAUUUAGAAAUUAUUUUUUAAGUCAUUAAGUCCAUAAAUUAUAAGUUGAAGACGAAAAAGAAACAAAUUGCGAAAAAUACGUAUUAACAAAAAUAAAUCUGACUUUGUGGCAAACGUCAGUCCAGCAGCGCCAUGGUUAGAACUCCUUUCAUAUAAAAUUUCGUAAAGUUAUCCAGAUCUUCAUUAAGUCAUCUAUUGUCAAUCUUAGACAUAGCAAAGAUAAAGGCUAACGUAAAUAUUUCUGAAGACAAUUAAGGAAUAAUGUAACAAAUUAAUGCUUGUCAAAAUCGGCCGACUAUAGACUUAUUUUUCUUCUAAAUUACGUAUUUUAGUAAUUUGUCCCAAUUUCGUCACCAAUAGGUAAAUUAGGUACUCAAUGAAUCAAGGAUUCAUUUCAAAGUCCAAGCAGGUGCUGCUGUACUUAACGAAAAUAAAUAAACUACAAAUAGAAUAUUAUAAUACAAUAGGAUUUACUGUUAUACUCUUAGUUUUAGAAUAAUUAUUAAUUGCGGGUUUGCAACCAUGUACACACGGCUACACGUCAGGUUACCACAAUAUAGCAAAUUCUCCAUUUAAUUUUAAACUCUAUCAACGAAACAUUAAUGUCUUGAUAUCAUGUAGAGAAAUUUAACAGAAUUUUAUAAGCCGAUGUGCUGUUAACUUUAUUCAUCGAGUUAUAUAUUCAUAGUCUUUAUAUUCAUCGAGUUUUCAAUAUAUCGGCGCUGUUGUAAGCGCCAUGAUCACGGAGUUCUUAGUUGUUUACAGAACCGAGAAUACAAUUUAGCAAGAAUAAAACAAUAUCUAGUCUACUUUAUAAACUUAUGUUUAUGCCAACAGAAUUGCCACCGAAUAAUGAGAACAAUUUAAAAUUUAUUUAUUUAUCGCUUCAUAUGUGACUUAGAAAAUCAUGUAACUGCAAAAUUUAUUACAAAUUAUCUUUUAAUUAUUAAAAAAUCAGUCCAGAAAUCUACGCUUUUUACAAUAUUUUAUUUAAUUGUAAUUUAUGUAUUUACGCCAAAUCUUGCAAUUGAACUUUAAAGCAGUUAUCAUCAACCGAUUAAACUGCAAUAAUGCAAAUACUCUACAAUCCGCAUUGGGCCAUCGUGGAGGGUCAUGGCCCAUCCUCCUUAACCAUCUAUAAGGAAGGCCUGAGCCCCUGCAGUGGGGACGUAAAAAGGGCUGAUGAUGAAUGCAAAUAGAUUUCAGUUUACAAUGCAUGGUUUAUCUAAGUAACAAUUUAAUAAGGCAGACGGCCCAAGAUGGCUGCCUAUAGUCUCACGAUAUGGGUUUCAAUUGAAAGGGUUCACUAAGAAAAAUACGAAAACUAAUAAAAUAACUUUAAUCUAUAUCGACUAUGGCGGAUCAUCUAAGAUGACGAACUAAUUAUGUUUUAGCUGUCUCAUAAUAUGAUUAAUAAAUAAAAGGGCUCACUGAAAAGACGACAAUGAUAUAAGU